AGCUCAGGCCUCGUGCGUCACGUGACGCGCUGAGCUGCUCUGAAUGUUGAGGAUGCACAGAAGCAACAAUCUUUAGGUCGCGGGGCUAGGAGGCUAGCGCCCACCAUGGCAGCCCGCGAAAGGAGAGCUUUUAAACAUAGAAUCUCGUCUUUUUUCAACACAAGGACAUGACGCCUGGAUUGGGAUAAUCGUGUUUGUUGGCUCUGGGACUGUCUUGUAAAGACUUGUGUGGAGACUUGGACGGUUAGUCCAAAAGGAGGACGCUAGCGGCGGUAGCGCUGUGUUAGCCUCGUUAGCUCCGCUCUGAGCUCCUGCUCUGAGCUCCUGCUCUUAUAUAAAACACGGCUGAUGUGCGGAGGCACCGGGUAAACAACACUGACCCCGGACUUCGAGCGGAAAGCCUCGACACUCUCUGGUCGCUCUAUGACGCUGGAUCUAAAGUAGCACCUUAUAUUAGUUGUUAUUUAGUUUUGUACAAGUUAGUAAGGUAAGGUAAACUAAAAGAAAAUGUAAGCUUCUUACAUAGUAGCUAAGCCUGGAGGAUUUUAACUAACGCUCUGUUUACUGUAAGAAACAAUUCAUAUCGAACAGAAGUAAGUUUUUAUACAAUACAUUUAGCAGAUAUUCUAUAUUCUAAAAUCUUCAGAGGUGGCAGUCCUAGCGACUCUCUUCAUCGGAGGAACGGGAGCAGAGGCUUUGGUGAUCUGGACCCCGGGCCAACUAAAGGAAUUGAACAGAAACGCACCGGGCCACGACCAUUUAACUUGUGAGUGUGGCCCCUAAACAGAUCCAGGGGCCACACCAGAACUAGGACAGACCCGCGGUGACAGGCGGGCUGCUGUUAUUGACUGCGGGGGUCGUGUGACUGAAGUGGGACCGAGCCUACUUCACUGGCGAUGGAGGCUAGGGCCAAACAACGCGCAGAGCCACGACACAAGUUGAAAUAAAACUCCCUUCAUAUUCCAUAUAAACAUGGAGACCGGGCUCAUGAACCACCAGGGCCCGGGCGAGGUGUUCGUCCACCCGCUGUCCAACCCGGGGGCGGCGGGGAUCUGCCCUGAAAUGCUGGAGGUGGCGGAGGAGGCGAACCGGGCAGGGGACUAUGAUCUGGCCGUGGAGAUCUACAGCUCCCAACUCCAGGACCUCCCGCAGCCGGACCGGGGCUUGUGUCUGCGGAAGGCCGACUCUCUGGCCAGAGCGGGUCGGAUCUCGGAGGCGCUGGAGUCCUACUGCACUGCGGCGGCGAUCAGCAAACUGCAGCCGCACGAACUGCCGCUGCUCGUGGAGACCAUAGCCAAGAGUCUGCGGGAGAAGGAGCUGGGCAUACCGUGGACGAUACACGGCCAGAGCAACGGGGGCACGGGGGAGGAUGGAGAGUGCCCGGAGGAGGACGAGGUGCUCGACCUGUUCUCGUGCCGCCUGUGCCGCUGCCUCCUGCACGACCCCACCACGCUGGAGUGUGGACACACCUUCUGCAAGCGCUGCCAGGAUGAGCGUUCGGCCCAGGACUGCGCCCAAUGUAAAGCCAAAGCUCCCCCCGGACCCAGCCCUCAGCGCAGGAUCAAUGUGGUCCUCAGCGGCCUCCUUGACAAGCUCUUCUCCACCGAGAGCAGGGCCCGGAGGCUGUGGGUGGAGGGCGAGCUGCAGUGGAAGAACCAGAACCUGAAGGAUGCCCUGGACAAGUACAACGCCGCAGUGGAAUUGGCGCCCUCCACUGGCCGCCUCUUGGUACAACGCGCUGAGCUGCACAUGGAGAUGCUCAACUACAGCCAGGCCGUGCAGGACGCCAGCAGCCUCUGUCGCAUCUCCCCCCACUGGACCAAGGCACACUACCUGAAGGCCACGGCUCUGACCCAAGCGUCCCGCACGGAUGAGGCGUUGCAGGAGUACUUCCUCUGUGUGGCCCUCAAACCUGACUGGACCAAAGUCAAACUGGAGGCUCAGAAAGUUCUGAGUGACCUGUUCUCCUCUGUGUUCGAGCGUGAGGACAUGCCCACACCCCUGCACCCUCUCCAGAGAGGGCUGGCCACUCGUCUCAUCAAACCUGCUGCUUUGCUGGGCUCCUUGAGGGCCCCAGGGCACAGAGCAGGCCCCUGUUCCUCCUCCUCCUCACAGCAGGGCUCUGAGCUGAGUGUGAGUAAAAGUGCACCUGUAGAAGACUCCAGACUGACUGGGCUGCAUCCUGGGGCUCCUGACCCACAGGAUGGACCUAGCAGCUCCAAGAGCCUGGCUAGUGUCUUGGCUGCUCUGCCCACUGCCCCUGGUGCCCUUAAGAGGAAACACAGUGGAGAGGGACCCUCUGGAGCCCCUUCUAAGAUGCUUAGGCAAGGAGGUGGUCAGGUGCCUGCUGCAGUGUGCGGGGGCAGACUGGUCCCGGCUGAGCUGCUGGACAGUGGAGAUCUGGAGUGUUCUCUGUGCAUGAGGUUAUUCUACGAGCCGGUCACCACUCCGUGCGGACACACCUUCUGCCUCAAAUGUCUGGAACGCUGCCUGGACCACAACCCCAACUGCCCCCUGUGCAAGGAGAACCUAUCCGAGUAUCUGGCAAACCGCGGCUACAACAAGACCCUCCUCAUGGAGGAGGUGCUGCAGCGUUACCUGGGAGAUGAGCUUGCAGACAGGAAGAAGAUCCACGAGGAGGAGAUGAAGGAGCUCUCCAACUUGAACCAGGAAGUGCCAAUUUUUGUGUGUACCAUGGCCUUUCCCACCAUCCCCUGCCCUCUACAUGUGUUUGAGCCGCGCUACAGGCUGAUGAUCCGCAGGUCCAUGGAGACAGGCACCAAGCAGUUCGGCAUGUGCAUCGCCGACGACCUCAAAGGCUUCGCAGACUACGGCUGUAUGCUCCAGGUGCGGGACGUCAAGUUCUUUCCUGACGGCCGCUCUGUGGUGGACACCAUCGGAGUGUCCCGCUUCAAGGUCCUGAGCCAUGGACAGAGAGAUGGAUACAACACGGCAAAGAUCGAGUACCUGGAGGACAAGAAGGUGGAGGGGGAUGAGCUGUUGGAGCUGCUCAAGCUCCACGAUGCAGUGUAUGAGCAGGCCAACAGCUGGUUCACCUCUCUGAGGGACAACAUGAAGAGCCAGAUCCUCAGUCACUUUGGACAGCUGCCUACCAAGGACCCAGAUCCACAGGCCAGUUCCAGUGGCCCGGCCUGGUGCUGGUGGCUGCUGGCCGUUCUGCCUCUGGAGAACAGAGCCCAGCUCACCAUCCUGGCCAUGACCUCCCUCAAAGACCGCCUCAUGGCCAUCCGUAGGGUCCUGAUCUUCGUUACCCGAAAGCGCCCGCGAUGAGCCCCACCAUGGAGCUCCGCAAUGAGCCCCACCAUGGAGCUCCGCAAUGAGCCCCACCAUGGAGCUCCGCGCUGGGCCCCACCAUGGAGCUCCGCGCUGGGCCCCACCAUGGAGCUCCGCGCUGGGCCCCACCAUGGAACUCUGCGCUGGGCCACACCAACGAGCUUCGCACUGGGCCUCACGCUGCUCACUCUGACCUCUGUUUUCUAUGCACUACCACUUCAUCUCCACAUGCACAUGUGUACACACUCUUACCUCUUUUCCACCAUCACUAGGCCAAUGCAAACCUCAUGUUACACUGUGGACUCACUCGUGCACUUCCAGGUGAUGCAAAACCAUAAGAGCCACAUUGUCUGAGCUUCCUUGUGAAAACAGCAGCACUUAGACUAGACUUGGAGAAUUGAAUUGCAUAUAUAGACUCUGGACGUGCUUCAAACAGGGAUUGACCAAAUUGUGCUUGCUAUGACCUCCUCAGAUAAAUAGUAUUGCCUUUACCUGAAGUAAAAACCCCUGUUUUUGCUACAAGACCAGAACCCUAAGAGACUGCCAGGUGGAAAAGAGGUAACUGCUCAAGCUCUCAAAGGCCACUUAUUCUGCUGUGUUUCAUCCCAACUCGCUCCUUAAACUGUGCAAGACCAAAUAUUCUACAGCAACAAGACAUAAAAAAACAGGCUAUAUUGAACGGUUGAGGAAUAAAAUUUGUAUUUCAUUUGUAAAAACUUUAAUGCUGUGCAAGAGUCUCAAAUACAGUCCACUAAUUCAAAAUGUACAAUUUAAGCACUUAUAUCAAAAUCUUGUAACAUGAAUUGGUCGAACAGCUUAAAAAUUCACAGCAAAAAUGUUAUUUGAGCCAUUUUGACUAGUUAAGUUUGAUAUUGACUACACUUUAACUGGUGCUUCUUAACUUGUCACAUCAAGUAUAAUCUAGAAAAUGCAAAAUCAAGUUGUGGCCGACCCUUAAAAUCGCAAAAAUGUGAGUUGUUUUUCCUCGUGUAUUUUAGUUUUGAAGCGCAAUAUUUGGCCUGGCCUGCCUGUAUGGAGCGCUGUGUGUGGGGCGGUACCGGAUGCUCUUUCUCUCUGCCUCGCAAUGCAAACUCCCUCUUACCUGAAUACUCAUGCAUUUCUAUGGACUCCAUUCUCACAACUGACUUUUGGUUAUGAAGGAACAGGCGCAGUGGGGACGGGCCAACAAACUGGAGAAACGGAGCAAGGAAUUCUGGGAGAAGCUGUUAAAAUGUCAGUCAAAUAGUGAAAUUAAUGCACUUUUUUUCCCUUUUUUUGGUGAUUCACUGCAAAUCCAUCAUCUACAGAGUUAACUCAAAUUAACAGGCUGAAAUCAAGUUGGAGAAAAUUAAAAUCACACUAGAAAAAUAUAAAAUAAAAUGUGCUAAUUAAAAAAUGGUUGCCCUAUUUGAAUAUAUCUAGUCACGAUGUUUCAUUUAAAUAUUUGACGUUAAAUGAACGUAGAUGUUUUAAACGGAUCAUCUUAAAAUGUGAAUGACCAAAAAACGAUAGACUUGAACAAAAACAAGACAAAGUUAAUAAAAUGAAACAAACACUAAGUCAGCACUGCUCCGAUAGGCCUAAACACUCAUGAAGAGUCAUUUUAACUUGUCUAGAUGUUAUUUUUUGCAGUUAUAACUCCAAAGCACUUAAUGCAGUUUUUCCAGCAUUUCCCGACAGCCCCUUGCUCUGUCCUCCUCCGCUUCUCUGCCUCUGUAUAUUGUCCCCGGUUUAUUUCAGAAAACUGAACACGAAGACUGACGCUUGAAUACAGCGCCCCCUGCCUGAGAAUGUACUUUUAUCGUCACGACUUCUCCUCUGCUCUUCUUCCGGACACGCAAAAAGCUGUAUCUCUGCUGCGUGCUAAAGAGAGUUCACAUAGGACACGAUGCAUACGGCUAACUUUUUGUCACAUUGUAGCAUAUCCAGGGGGUUAGCUUCGCGGGUAUGGACAUGUGUGUUUGUCUCCUGUUUGUUGGGUGAUUUCUGUGUAUAUUAAUGUAUCUUGGAGAGGCCUUUUAUUGUUAAUUUAAAGAAAAAAUGGUUCACCCUUUUUCUCUAUUUCUCUUUUCUGUCAUUUUCAGACAGCGCUCUUUUAUACGACAAAUGGAAUUGUAUAUGAGGGAAAUUGUGAAUACUUGGAACUUGGGGGUAUCAAGAAAUCUGUAAUAGGGAUGUUAAAGUUACAAAUUCUAAUAUUUUUAGUAGUAUGAUGUGAGGAAAGCUUAGAAUAUUGAGUCUGACAAGAAAAAAACAUGGAAAAUGAAAAAUCUGUUCCUGUGGAGGGUAUACUACCUGGGAGAUGUUAUUGCUUUUCCUGGAAUAUUCCAUAGUAUGGCAUUAAACAUUUGUAGAGAUUUCUGCAGCAAAAAAAGGCAGGCGACUUCAACAGGCUCAAUUACAGGUCAGAUCUGUGGAGAGGCGAUGCCACUGUUUAGAAGAAUGCAUGUUUUCCUGAGGUAUUUUCGAGUAAUAAAACCAUCUGUAUAUGGGAGAAAUGCAAGAUUCAGCCAUAUUGUGGAACAUUCUAAGUAAAGCUGUAUCAUCAAGAAAAGUUGUGUAUUGUAUCCCUAAAUUAUAAAUACAGGGCAUAUAAUCUACACUAAUAUAACACAGUGUAAAACCUGAACUUGUAAUAUUAAAACUGAUAAUUUUUAACAUCCCUACUUUGUGACCUUAAAAUUUUAAAAUUAAAAAAACAAACUACCAUCUGUCCCUCUCCACAGAAAUAUUAACACUAUUUAGUUAAUAGACAUGCAUUGUUCUCAUUGUAGGUCAUUCUACAAAAAAAAUAAAAUAAUUUGCUUAAAAUUUGAAAACUGUUUUGGGGUUAAAAAAUCCAGUGUCUAGUCCUAACUAAAUAAUUAAAUUGUGGUCAAAGUAUAAUUCAUAAUUCUUGUCAAGUGACCUCCUAAUAUUUUUCACACUGUAUAUGGUUUUGUAUAAGAGCGCUGUUCUCCUGUAUAUUCUGUCCUUUUAUUUGGGCCAUUUUUGGGGGGGAGGGGGGAGUACUGUACGUGCUGCAAGUCCCUGCUAUAUUUGUAAAGGGAGAUCUUAAUACCUAUUUUUUAUUCGCAAAUAAACAUUCUGAACUCUG